AUGGAGGGCCCCCACCCCAUGCGGCUGACGUGCCACACCACUUUGGCUCCUUUCGUCGCUAAAGAGGAGAAUAACCAGGUGCUGCGCAUCUUCAGCGCCCCCACGCGGUGCGCACAGUGCGAAGGGGACAAUUGGGUGGUCGGUUCCCAUCGGCGCCUCGGCCUCGUGAAGGGAACGAGCCCCUCCGCCAUCGACUUCGACCCGCUCCGCUGCAUUAAAAGGAUUACCACGGAAACAAUGACAAACACAGACGCGGAGAUGAUCGCCUAUCCAAUGCACACGCACGCCACAUCGUUUAAACAGCUGCUGGCAUCUCUGAUUGCAAGACUCCAGAAGACUGUGCAGAGCGUUUCGUGGAACACCCCGCAAGAGCGUCCGGAGUGGAAUACUGAUUUGCGCUUCUACGGGCCGUGGUGGCUCAUCGUGCGCUCGGGGCUCCAGUUUAGGGAGGUUUGUGAUUCGAGGUCGUUUACCUUGGAGAUCCAGGAAGGCGCCUCUUUCCCUGCAAAGGUGGAAUACACUGCCACCACAUACCCCCGGAGCGACCUACUCUUCACUGUGCAUGAAGGCAAGCCAGAGAAUCGCUAUGCGCCACUGUUGGUAGAGCGGAGCAUUGCGGCAGAAAGCCGUCUGUUUGCCGACAUUGCACUGAGGUUAGGUGGAAGUACUUUUCAACUCAACUUAUUUCAUCUUAGCGGGGUUUUUGUGGGCCCCGAUCGAAUGCAUGUGCUGGUAUUCGACGGCUUUCGACGAUUGUGCACGGCGGCGGCACGGGCGCCGCCGUCAGACUUGAUGAAUGACGAGGACCAUCUUCUCUCCACGCUGUCUUUCUCUUCCUGUCACCUUGGUUCCGCAGGGCUCUUAAUCCUCCUAGCUGGCAUUGUCUACCUCUCCACGCAUCACGACUGCCACGUGCACUCGCUUGACCUCUCGUACAAUGACCUGACAAAAACCUCGCUGUUGUGCCUUACGCAGACGCUACACUUCACGAAAAUUCGGCGGUUGAGUCUUCGUGGUAACGUCCUCACCAGCAGCGACCCAUCCACACUACGCGAGCUGCUCUUUGAGGCUUGCGACGUAGCGAUGGAGGAGCUGGAUCUCAGCUACACUGCCCUCUCUGCUGCGCAGGUGAGUGCCCUGAUCGACUCUCUGCAGUGCCUCUCGAAUCUCCGCGUGCUGCUUUUGGAGGAGGUGAUGAUUCCGUCAGCGAAGUGGCCCGCCUUGGUGCGUGCUGUAGAGACGAUGGAUCUGUGGCGUGUGCAGCUGUUUGCCGACCCCACAUCGCCCAUGAUGACCGGGUACACCACAAUCAUCGAAGAGAUGUGUCUGCGCAAUCGCCAGCGGGCGAUGGACUGUAGCAGAAGCGAAGCCUCGCAGUGGAACGCGACCACAUUCUUUGGCAUAAAAAACUCGGGCUUUUUCACAGAGUUUUUCCAGCAUUCGCGGCGCCGAGGCGCUCUGGCGUGCAGAGAGGCUAUGGCAGGACUUCCAGACGGGUACAGUGCUUAUACCAACAACGACCCAAGUCUGCAAGUCUGA